AGCUGCGCGAGAGUGCAUGCGCUUGUUUGCUUCUAGCGACUGGAUGUCUGGCCUAUGAGAGACGAAGGAUCCCGUCGGUACCAAAGGUGGAGCGGAGCGCAGGGGUCACGCUGGUCUGAGCCCCACAGCUUCCACUUUGAAUGGUCCUCCUGUUGAGCUCAAAGUGUGGCCCACGAUGGCACUUUAGAGCGGGACAUCAGUACACAGCCUGACCUAGAAUAGAUCCAUCCGCACAAGUCCCAGACAUCUUCACUUGGAGGAAUAUGCACUUAUAGCCGUUUGACUUUUCCAAAUCUGAAAAUGGCAGCCUACGAAGCCAUGCUGGUAUUUGCGUCACUAGUUAUCAUCUUAGGAUGCACACAAGGCCAGACGUUACCAAGUUUCGAUCUCCUGGAAGAGUUCCGUGUGUCCGAGUUGAGAGGAGUGAAGAGAGUAGAAGGCUCGGAACCAGAGGUGGUGGCUUACCGCGUGAACCCCACCAUCCAUCUGCAGAAGACCAUGAGAGACGUGUAUCCAGAUGGUCUUCCUUCUGACUACUCCGUCAUUGCAACCUUUAAGUUGACAAAGGGCAUGGUUAAGAAAUCGUGGAACCUGUGGCAGGUUAGCGCACCGGACGGUCAAGAGCAAGUGGGCCUGCGUUUCCAGGGCGAUGCCCUCUCGCUGGAUUUCUUCUACAUUAGCCCAAGUGGUAACCAGAUGCUGAGAACAUUCCACGGUGUGGGGAAACUGUUUGAUGGCGAGUGGCACAAGUUGGCGCUGAGUGUGAAGGGCAGCAAUGUGAAGCUGCUGAUAGAUUGCGAGGAGGUCAGCGUGGAGUCCAUUGACGAGCCAAUGCCGGUCAUCCGGCAGGGGUACACCUCCAUUGUCAAGCGGGCUGCGAGGGACCGCUCUUUCUCAGUGGACCUCCAGCAGAUGGACGUGUCCUGCGACCCAGAGAAGGCCUAUUCCGAAGGCUGCUGCGAGCUUUCCGAGUGUGGCGGCUAUGCAGAGAUCGGACUGACAGCCGGAAGAGCAUCUUGCAAAUGCAUGCAUGGACAGCCAGGGAUUCAGGGACGUCCAGGCCCACAGGGCCACAGAGGUCUUCCCGGGAAAGACGGCGAUCGAGGAAGACAAGGAAACUGGGGCAUCAGGGGAAACACAGGAGACUAUGGCAAUGUGGGUGAGCCAGGCCCUAAGGGCGAGAUGGGAAGCAAAGGCGAGAAAGGAAUGAGAGGACUCUGGGGCCCUGCGGGAGAGCGAGGUGUGAAAGGGCUGAAGGGUUUAAAGGGGGCAACGGGUUUCAAGGGUGUCCGCGGACCCUCUGGAGACAUUGGAGAUACUGGCAGGCAUGGAAAUGAUGGUGCGAAAGGUGAAAGAGGAUAUGAAGGGAUUGCUGGGUUUGAAGGAGUAAAGGGCAAUAAAGGACGCACCGGCUCAGAUGGGAACUCCGGGCCGCGAGGAGCGCAGGGUAUUGUCGGUGAUCCGGGAGAGAGGGGGGCUGCUGGACAGAAGGGCAAGCCCGGGGUCCCGGGACCUCGUGGGAAAGAUGGCACCAUCGGACAAAAGGGCAUUGUUGGAGAUCCCGGAAUACCGGGUCGAGAUGGAGAUCCUGGUAUAGAGGCCUAUCAAGGACCACAAGGUCACCAUGGAAAUCUCGGACAAGUUGGCUCAAAGGGGGAGAAAGGAAGACAGGGAGAAGCGGGAGAAAUGGGCCCUCAAGGUCGAACUGGUCCAAGAGGUUACAAAGGCUCUGCAGGGAAACCAGGAAGACCGGGAUUUAUUGGUCCACCAGGACCUAAUGGACAUGUUGGAGAGGCCGGUAAACAAGGACGCAAGGGUGACACAGGAAUCCCGGGAAUUCAAGGAGUCAAAGGCGAACAGGCAGAAAAAGGUGUCAAAGGACCAAAAGGAAGGGUUGGAGACAGAGGGCAGCCAGGUCCUCAGGGAGGACGAGGCAAGCGGGGCCCGGCGGGCAUGACUGGACGCUCGGGUCCCGUGGGAAUUAAAGGCGUGCGAGGUGAAGCAGGGCCAGAUGGCUUUCAGGGUCCCCCGGGUCCCCCUGGUCCAACGCUGCCGGCUCAACACGUGAUUGAGGUUUGUCAGAAAGUAGUGCUGGAGCAGAUGUCUGCCUUCGCCAACUCAGUCAAGAGGACGUGUGCAGCGGUGUGUCCUCUCUACGGGGACGUUCCCAUGGGCGCCCCCGGUCCACCUGGACAGACAGGCCCACCUGGACCUGCUGGUGAUCCUGGAAGAAACGGCGAUCCUGGAGAAGUUGGCCUGCCAGGAUUUUAUGGUGAAGCUGGAGAUUCAGGCCAGCAGGGAGUGCCAGGUGACAGAGGAGAGCCAGGUGAUAAAGGAGCCAAGGGUCAUGGCUUACCUGGCUACACUGGAGACCCGGGAAAAAUUGGUCAGACCGGACGUCCCGGGCGGGUGUUUAACGGACAGCCAGGGAAGCCGGGCGAGCGGGGACAUUCAGGUCUGCGUGGUGUCAGGGGCCAUGCAGGUCUCAGAGGGCCCCCGGGUGUCUGCCUCACUUCUGGGUGUGCUCUUCUCACUUCGACAAGUCCAGCGCCUCAAGUUGCUCCUCAGGCUGCACCCCCGCGAAGGUUCUGGAACCGCCAGUAAUAGAAAAGAGCCCAGGUGGAGUUGAAUAUUGAAAGGACCAAAAAGUGUUGGAUUCAUCAUCAUGUUAAUAUGUUUUCAGUCAUAUAAAUAGAAUUUUUAAUGUAAAUAUUCUUUGUUACUGAGGCUGAUUUUUUUUUGACCAUAUGAACAAAUAAACACCCGAAAAACACCAAAAUGGAAUGCUCGUUAACAUGUAAAAAUGGAAACUUUAUUUGAUUUUAUUUAAAAGAUUUCACAAUCUGACUUUUUAAACAUUUUCUUUUCUUUAUAAUAAAAAACAAAGAAAAAAUGGUUUGACUCUUA